AUGCCCAAGACCUGGCCCAAGAUCGUAAGCCCCCAACCUGUCCUCGCCCGCGGCGCUGACCCCGACGCCCAGGCAAAGCUCGAGACCUUCAUCCCGUCGGCGCACGGCUCGGGCGGCGACUACCACCGCCAAGCGUCCGAGCACUGGAUCGUGCAGGGCAACAUCUCGUGCCCGAUGCACAAGUACGACGAGUACCGCUCCUCCCGCACAUCGUGGGGCAUCGGCGUCCUCGGCUCGAUUUUUGUUGUUGUGACUGCCGACGACGGGACGGUCGGCUACGCGACGGGUUUCGGCGGCCCGCCGGCCUGCUGGCUUAUCGAGGAGCACUUUAAGCGGUUUGUUGUGGGCCAGGACCCGCGGGAUACCAACAAGAUGUGGGAUAUGAUGUUCCGCGCGUCCAUGUUCUACGGGCGGAAGGGCCUCCCCCUCGCCGCCCUCUCCGUCGUCGACCUCGCCAUCUGGGACCUCAUCGGCAAGAUCCGCCAAGAGCCAAUCUACAAGAUGAUCGGCGGCCGCACGAAGCGCGACAUCCCGCUGUACUUGACUGGACCCAAGCCCGCCGUGGCCAAGAAGCUGGGCUUCUGGGGCGCGAAAGUGCCGCUGCCUCACGGGCCGGCAGAUGGCGCCGAGGGCAUCCGCAAGAACGUGGCCUUCCUCGCCGAGUGCAAGGCGCAAGGCGGGGCAGACUACCCGCUCAUGGUCGACUGCUACAUGUCCCUCGACGUGCCGUACACCAUCGAGCUGGUGCGCGCCGUCGAGAAGGCAGGCGUCGACAUCAACUGGUGGGAGGAGUGCCUCCACCCCGACGACUUUGACGGGCACGCCGAGCUCCACAAGGCCCUCCCGCACAUCAAGUUCACGACUGGCGAGCACGAGUACUCCAAGUACGGCUUCCGCAAGCUCAUCGAGAAGCGCGCCGUGGCUAUCCUCCAGCCCGACGUCAUGUGGCUCGGCGGCCUGACCGAGCUAAUCAAGGUCGCCAACAUGGCCGCGGCGUACGAUAUCCCCGUUGUGCCGCACGGCAGCGGCCCGUACUCGUUCCAGGCGAUCAUGAGCUUCCCCAACUCGGACUUUUGCGAGUACAUUGCCAACUCGCCCGACGGAGAGAGCAUCCACCCCAGCUUUGGCAACCUGUUCACCAACGAGGUCCUGCCACUCAACGGGCGGAUUGAUCUCAGCGACGAGCCCGGAUGGGGACUCACGCUCAACCCCCAGGCUGAGCUCGUGCCAUACAGCUCGUUCUUUACCGUCUCGAGGGGGCUCGGGUCGGCGGGUGAGGUCGAGGUUGAGGACGAGGUCAAGGUCAAGAAGCUCAACGGCGUCAACGGGGUCAAUGGCGCCCACACCGCUGCCACCAACGGUGUUCACUAG